AAUCUACUCAGCCUCUAGAAAGAAAGCCAGGAUUAUGAUCACUUUAUUUUGCAGUUGACUUUCAAGGGAGAUAUUCUUAUCAGGAGGAGGUCUGAAGGAAAGGCAAGUUGCAGGUGCUGAGAGAUGAGUGUGUUGAUGGCCUGGUUGCUGCUGCUCCUUCUGGUCAACUUCAGCUCACCUGCACCCAGGUUUUCGGAAAAGGAUAUUUGCCUCCUAGACAACAAUAAAUUGAGACAAAGGUUAAAACAUCUUCAAGAUUUGCUUUACUUGUAUGAACUACAGCUGAAGGACAUCCUGGAGAACACUUAUCAUAGGACAAAAAGUGGGAUCUUCUCAGGCAACAGGAGCAUGCAGCAUGAGCCUCUUUUACCCACAACCAGCGGGAAUUUGAUAGUCUAUGACCAAGAUUGUUCUGCAGUGUAUAAUAGGAAGAACACCAAAAGUGGUUACUACCGGGUCAGGCCCAGGGCAGACCAAGAGCCUUUCCUGGUGUACUGCGACAUGUCUGAUGGCGGUGGGUGGACUGUAAUUCAGCGACGGAGUAAUGGCAGAGAGAAUUUCAACAGGAAGUGGAAUGAUUACAAACUGGGAUUUGGGAAGUUCCAGGACAAGAAUGAUGAAUACUGGCUGGGCAAUGACCACAUCCACGACCUGCUUGCUAGAGGAGAGAGCUCAUUAAAGAUCGACCUGAUGGACUGGCACGGGGAAAGACGUUAUGCAAUAUAUGAAAACUUCCAGCUCACCAAUGAAGAGGACAACUACAGGUUAUGGUUUGGCACCUACUCCGGUAAUGCCGGUGACGCUCUGUCUGGUGGGAGCAGUUUUGAAGAUCAGUGGUCAGCCUCUCACAGAGGGAUGCAGUUCACCACAUCUGACAAGGAUCACGAUCGAUUCCUGGCAGGCAACUGUGCAUUGGAGAGCAGUGGUGGUUGGUGGUUUAACAGGUGUCACGCUGUAAACCUCAAUGGAUGGUACUACAAAACAGGAAGGUACAACGGAUCCCACGACAACGGCAUUGUUUGGUCUACGUGGCGCGGCAUGUGGUACUCGCUCAAAUCCUCAGCCAUGAAAAUCAGGUCUCCAUUCUUUGUUGACAGUGAGAGUGGAGAUGGUGAGGAUGGUCAGGGGAGCUGAAAUCUGCUGCUUUGAAAAGAGAAAAAGUACAGGAUGAAAAGAGUUUUGUACAUUAAUAGCCAGCUUGCUGCUGCUGCCAAUUGCCAGCACUGCACUGUAGCUGCACCUACUAGAUGAGGGGAAAGCUGUGGGCUGUUAGAGCACAGCCAGCCAACAAGAGAAUGGAAAAUGUAUGGAAGAACUACAGCUUUCUUUUUGGGACUUCAUUGCAGAGCGUUUCUGAAAAGCUCUCUGGAUCUCGAAUGAUCAAGCACAUUCUUUUAGCUACCUGUGCUCCUCAAGGGUAGGUCUUUCUCAUCUCCAUUGUGAUGGUCGAUGCCUGAGUUAUGAGAACAUGAGAACAGAAACAAUGAGGUGAUAAGGAAUUGGACUUCAUCUGGUGUGCCCUCGUUAGUGUCUUGUUUUGGGUUAGCAGCAUGUUUUUAAGCCACUCUCUAUGGUCACCAGUUGCCACAAUUGAGUCUCAGAACACACCUAGAAUGCAAAACCAAACCAGAAGAUGGAUGUGCUCGAACAGCUAAGAAGCAUCCUGGAUACUUCCAAGUAAGACUACUUCAAAGUAAGCCCCAAAAACACCGGCAAUAUUGAUGCUGCAUUUCGUUGCCCCUGCUUUGCUCUGCAGAGCCACUUCUACAGCAUGCUGAGGUGUGCUAAUGCAAUCACAGGCAGUGCUGAUCAUUAUAUUUAAGUCUCGGAUUUAAAUCAGGCAGAUUUUACUAAAUUUGAGAUUAUAGCAGAUAUCCUUGGGAGUUCAUAAAAUGCAAUCAUGAUCCAUCUCUAUGUUCUCGUGUAAUUUACCGGACCACUUUAUAAUUACUGAAUCAUAGAAUUGCUAGAGUUGAAAUGGGCCCCUAACGGCCAUCAAGUCCAAUUCCCCUGCAGUGAGCAGGAACACCUGCAGCUCCAUCAGGUGCUCAGAGCCACAUCCAGCCCGAUCUCGGGUGUCUGCAGGCAUGGGGCAUCCACCACCUAUCAGGGCAACCUGUGCCACUGCCUCACCAAACCUAUUAUAAGAUCUUUUCCUUAGCGAGGGAAGGGGAAUCAGCAUAAAGAAAGUGACUGAAACACAAGGCACACUGCAUUCGUUAUCUCAUCUGAGUGAAAUGAAAGAGCAUAAAUGACUGAAAGAAAUGAAAUACUGAUGAUUUAUUUUCCACAAGUUGUUGGGAACUACAAGUCAGAAUGAACAGCAAUAUCAACUUGAUGCAAAUCAUUUAACUACCGUGUUGCAGGAUGAGCCUUUCUUUUUUCUCUCUUUUCUGAAUUUCCAUGUUUUUAAAUAGGCUAUUUUUCAUUUCUUUGCUUUUAGAACAAUGCACGUUAUAAUUUGUAUUACUUAGCCGUAAGUGUGAAAUAAAACCAUCUGAGUAGGAUUGAA